CUGGCGACACAGCCGCAGCGGCGGAGUCUUCCCCCGGCGCCUGUUGUCGGGUACUGCUUCCGUCGCUUUUUUGCCAAGCUGUAUCCGACCAUCCCCAUACUGAGUCCUGAGUAUGUUGAGUUGGUGGCGACCGAGGCGGAAUCCCUAGGAGGGGUCGAAGCCCAGUGUCUAAUCACGGCUGUUUGUGCAGUCGUUCUGAUACAAGUCGAAGAGCCCAGCCAGCACUUGUUCGAAGCCGACGGGAUCCUACACUCGAACAGAAAACUUGGAGAGCUCCUUUUCGAGGACGCGAUGGUUGCUCGCAACCACAUGUCUUCGGGAUUCAAUCCGAGCCUGGAGCGUGUUCUCGCCACCUUCUUCCUUUAUGCCGGUCACGCGUCACUCUUCCACCACAGCCAGGGUUUCUACUUCCUUCGAGAAGCUGCAACCAUGUGGCUCGUGUUGCGCAUCAGCGAAAGCGACAUCCUUAGGCGCAGAUUGGCCAACAGACUCUUUUGGGUAAUCCUGGUGUCGGAGCGCUCGCACGGAAUCCGAUAUCGUCGCCCUGUCACAUUGCAGGUCAUCCCAUCGGGGCCUGACCUUGACGCCGAUGCUGAGCUAGAUGCAACCGUGCCCGGGUUGCAACGAUUGGUGGCCCUCUUUCGUCCGCUGGAUACAGUCUUUUUUGCCCUGCUCAACCAGGAAAACACCGUCUUCUUGCCGGGGCUCUUGUCUCCGCUAGACGCUAUUCAGGUCGCCAUCCGCGGCGCUCUCGAACCGCGGCACACGAGUGUACUUUGCGAAACACAGCUGGCCAACCUCAGAGUAACUCAGCUCUGGCUGCUGGUCACCCUGUGGCAACUGCGACUGCGCCUAGGGCUGUUGGUAGAGGAACCUGGGGUGCCAGGCCACCUAACGUUCCGAUAUCCGGUCGAGGUGGGCGAGGAGCUGGCUGGUGUUAUCCGGGGCAUGUCGCUCGAGAGCAUUAGGAUUCACGGCGUCGGUAUCAACGAGAAGAUUUUCGAUGUUGCCUGUGCGAUGAUAGAUGUGCUCUCUCGGGUGCCGGCAACGGACAAAAGUGGAACGGGGUUGGAGAACAUCGCGUACUUCAGAGAGCUUAUCCGCGAACUUCCCGGAGGGGUGUCGACAUACGGUGCGCUCCUAGAGAAGCACAUCAGUAACGCACUCCCGAGUCUGCUGGAGGUCCCGAGACUAGCGAGGUAGAAAUGGGUAGGAGUAAGAAUACAACGCCGGAAAUAUUGU